CUGCUCUCCCAGUCCGACCUUUGCUUAGCUAUUCAUGAAGCAACUUCUGAUUGCCUUGGCGGUGUUUUCGGUGGUGGGCAUUGGGACUACAGAGAGGUCAUGUCUGAAACACGCAGCAUUUUCUUCUACAAACUUUGAGAACAUCCUGAUAUGGGAAACCAAAGCAGAUAUUCCCCCCCCUCAACUGUAUUUGGAUGUGCAAUAUAAACAGUAUGGAGAAAAAGUUCUGGCUUAACAAGCAUAGUGCCAGAGUAUCACGCAGCCUUUCUGCAACCUCACUCGUGAAACGGAGAACUUCACGGAGCAUUACUACGCCAGGGUGAGGGCCACUGGCCAGAACUACUGCUCGUCCACCUGGGUGCGCUCGGAAAGAUUUGAACCCAGAAAAGAGACUAUUAUUGGAGCUCCAGAAGUGGAGUAUAUACCUCACAUACGGUCCAUAAAGUUUCUUAUACGGCCCCCGUCUACUCCACUGAGAGGUGAGGAUGACCGCCAGCUAACCAUAGAGGACAUUUAUAGCAAGCUUGGUGCUGUUGAUUACCACUUAACAAUAUUUAACCAAAGGACACAUCAAAAGUGGACAAAGAAUGAGCACAACAAAGAAUUUGAAGUUUCCGACUUGGACCCAGACACUGAAUAUAAUGGAACAGUAUACAUCUCUGUCCUCCAGAGAAGCAGCAGACCUCAAGUAUUUGUGGUUAAAACACUGGCAGACAACACGUGGCUUCUCUCCUGCUUCGUGGCACUCAUGUUCUGUGCCGGACUGGUGCUUGCUGCAAUUAGUUACGUGAUCUAUAAAUACAUCAAGCAACACGGCACACAGCCUAUGUCUUUGGACUUCAGAGGGAUUUCAUCAUUCCAGCCUCUUAUAUUGACAGUGGAGCAUAUUAUAAAGCCCAUGAGUUUAUCUAGACCUCCGCUUCUCAUUCCUGAAGUGCAGGUACCGCGGAUCAGCCAACAUUUGGACAGAGCACUGCAGCAUGCACCAUGGUCUUUCUGUCCUCCAGAAACUGCCUAUCAGCAACAGACAGACGUGCUGACAUCCAAGCUGCCAACUCAGCCACCCUGCUGGGCAAGCACAGCUCCCACUGGUUACGCUCCUCAAACAGCUGAGCAAAGCCUUCCUACUGCUGUGUCCAGCAAAAUUCUGCCCCUAACCUAUGGGGUGUGUGUUGAGGGCACAGACCAUGUUGAUAAGAAGAAUUUGCAGCCAAAUCAAAUGCUAAAUGAAAUUUCUCAACAUAGUUUUGUUGGUGGAAAGCUCAUCACCCAGAUGCUGGGUGAAAACUGCAGCCAUUGGAAUUAUGAAGACCAGAAGACAAACAUGGCAUUCUGGAACAGCAGUGAGACGAGAGAACCAGUUAUUUUACAGGGGAGUCCUAGGCAAACACAGCAACUGCUGUUGCAGACUGAUGGGAUGGAAAGUAAAGUGCAUGUAUCCCAGCUGCCACCGCCCUUGCUGGAACAAGCAGGAUGCUAUAGACAACAAACAGCAGAACUGCCACUGUUACUGUCUUCAGUGAAAGUUGAUACAGACUGUGUUCGAGAGGAUGAACCACUUCCACUCCUGCCAGCAGCCCUCGUCCUCUCGGUUGGUGUGGGUAACAACUUCCCUGGAGAGGACAACACAGAGCAGUGGAUGCUGCUAGAUUCAUUCUCACGUACGGCAAAUAAAUUGCAGUUCCCAGAGACUCGAGAAACAGAAACAUUAACAGCAACAAAGGAGCUAAGCCACACAAACCUGAAUAAUGUUGUGUCCCAAGACACUACCUCAGGCUGUGACAAUGGCACUCCUCUCAUGACAAUGUUCAAAGAUCUGGGCUUAAAAGUACUGUGGGACCAGGAAGAAAACAGAGAAUUUUAUUAGGGUGACUUAAUGAUAUUAAAAUCCAGAUUACACUUGCUUGGAGGAAAUAGAAGCCUACCUUACAAACAGAACAAUGCAAAUAAACAUAGCUAAUCUGGGAUGAAUCAGCACGGCACAGGCUUGUUAGACAGCUUCCACUUUUCUUCUGUCAUGGGGACAGGUGCCUUUACUUACACGAUUACUUCUUGGUACGCUACAAUACUGUAUCUUUGCACCUAAGUAAAAGGUCUUUAUUUCUUGGAUAUUCUUGAAAUUGAUUAUGACUUGGGCUACUUAAAGCUGAGUUAAGAUUCAAGUUCAAUUUACUGUAAAUCCAGUUUACUGUAAAUUUGGCAAAGUUCACAACAGAAACUGUAUUUGCUCUUUACUGAUACCAAAGAUCUAGGUUCAAGAUAUACGAGUAUCCACCCUUUGAAGAAACUGAAGUGCAGGUGUAUAGAAAGAUAAAAAACUUAAGUAUACUCUGGCACAGUAAAACAACUAAAUAUAUAUUGGUGUUCUACCCUUGGAUUUAUGAUUUGUGCAAAACAAAAGGCUACUUCCAUGAAAUGGAUUUUGCUGUUAAAGCAGUCACUGAAACUGUGGUUAUAGCUUUUGGUGCAGCAAUUCUGUGAUCCUACACAUCCCCUGUCCUGCUGGGCCCUUUGAUGCCUGUAGAAAGACAGGCUUUUCAUUGCUGCAACAGAUUAAUGCAGUCCUGGCCCAGUCCUGACAUACUUCUCAACUCCUGUUCAUUUCUUUCUCAACUCCUGUUCAUUUCUUUCUCUGAAAUAGUCGCACAUUCUCUUCUUCCCUUGAGAUCCCCAAAGACGAAGCAGCUAGGAUCACAUUUCACGUAGGCAGGAACGUUAGGAUUUACACUACUCUCAGUUCAGCCCUGAAUCUUAAUUUACACCAAUCUCAAUUCAUGCAGUCAGUAAUCUACAAAGCAGAGUAGGGAGGUCUUGAGCUGCUCCCUCCCACCCUUCACUGACACUGUUGGUGGGGAACAUGCUCCAUCUGCAUGAUCGAGAGGAGCCUCCAAUUGCAGACCCUUCUCUGCUCCUGUUACCAGCACAUCCACCUCCAGGGCUGGAAUGAACCACAUUCAAUGUAAACUGAGACCUGAAUUCCUUUAGUGCUUCACCUUUACCAAAAGCAAGGUAAACAGUAUUUAUUCAGGGACAGAGGAGGCAAUUUGUUUUAAUUAAGAGGAAAGCAUAGUUCAGCCUGUUGAUUUCCACUGGUGUGGUGAAAAUCAGUGAGUAUCUGAUGACAUCAGUUUCAGAGGAGAACUGAAACCAUUUACAGGAAUAAGCAAGGCUUUAAAUGGUAUGGGGAAGCACUCACCUGAACAGCGCUACCAAAAAAGGCCAAUGAGAAGCAAAACUCAGCUGUUCUCACUACAAGCGCACUUAGGGGUUUGCUCAGUCCAGGGAAGCUGAGGCUAAAAGCUAAAUUCCACUUGCUUUGGUGUGAUUUUGCAAAUAAACAGUAGCCUUACAAAGUAAAGAGGUUUGAUUAAAGGAUUAAAGUAAUAGUCUUAGAAACUUCCCAGGCAAAGGUUCAACUCCAAACUCCAGCAUCAGUAAGUUGUGUGUGGCAGGAAUGACAGCAACCCCGCUAUGCCCCAUCCUGUCCUCAUCUGUUCUACCCCUAACAGCCGACGCUGUGACGAACAGGGAACGCAGUCAAGAGAGAGACUCUGAAAGCCAGGUCUUAAGGAGUCAAUGGACAGCAAUAUUUUCAACUUCCUGCUCUGACCAUGGCUAAGUCAAUAUUUACCUUUUCAGCCUUGACACACUAAACAGGAGGAGACUGAUUCUCAUCUCACGAAUCAUCUCUUAAAUAUAACAGGAAGAUCACCACUUCUAAUACUAUUUCUCUUUAGAAAAGCUUGGAAACAGAUGUUGACGCUACCAAGCCUUGUCGUAGCCAUGCAAGGGAAGUGGUAAUCCAUCUCCCAUCAGCACGUGCUGACCUUGCUGCCUUCCACUUCACUGCUUUUCAUAAUCAAAUUGAUUUCAACAUUGUUCCAAAGGUUUUCCCAUGAAGCCAUCCCAAGCUAACUACAGCAGGUGGCAGCUGUAACCCUAGAGACAACAUUGCUCUCUGGCUGCCCAGCUAAAUCCGGGAGCUGCUGCUCCACCUCUCCCCACAUCAGCAGCAGCCAGGGAUCCUCACACAGAGAUGGACACACUGCUGCCAGCUGAGGCUCACCUUCUCCUGUUAUUUGCUAUUUGUUUUGGCAUUGAAAGGUGCCUGUUUGAAAAAUACAAAAAUCAAUGAUGAUUUUUUAACAAGCCUUUUGAGGAAAAAUCUUACUCAAGGAACAAAUUCAAAGCUCCACGCUCUGGAGAGAGAAUGAAGUAGAGUUGAGGGGCAGCUCUGAAACUAUUAGGGACCCUGAUAAAACAGAGUUUAUACUUCAGCUCUGGCACAGCAUUUGCCAAGCAGUAUUGCUGGCAGCAAUGAGGAGCUACGAUGUGGCGAAACUGCAGCAGCUGGAUCACAAUGCUAAGCAGCGGCCUUACACUUGCUGGUUAAGAGGAUUUAAGAUGUUCAUGUAUAUUGCCUUUCUUCUCAGACUGAGAUAAUGAGAGCUGUGAGACAUCAUUAUACAGCAUUUUUCUAAGAAAAAAGUGACAAAAGUGGUCGGCAUCCAUAUCAGGAGAGCAUAAGUAAAGACUCUUCUCCCUAAAACAUACAACAGAGUGUUGAUAUGACAAAGCUAAAUGAAAUUAUUAAUAUUAAGAAGAGUAGACCGUAAUUACUGAUUACUUCUCAUAAUACAAAAUUCAGGAAAGCACUCAAGUGGUCAUGCAACCAAUGAAAGAUAAGUGUUCCUUCGACAGCUCAGCUUACACCAAAACAGAUUCAGUGAUCCCUGUCCAGCAGUACCUGUUUACUGCUUCCUUAGGAAUGUGUGAAACACAGCCACUUAAUAAACUUCACAUGCAGAAGUCCUUGUCGUUCUAGUGCUAAUCUUGUCGAGUUUCAUCUU